GUGAUUUAAAAGAGUGACAUCUCGGAAGUUUCGCUCAUUAUAUUUCCGCUACGCUGUCCAUCAGUACCACGUGUUGUCUCGAAGAGAUAAAGCAACUCACUAAUCAAUUUCUAACAAAGGAUGGGCCAUUAUAUAUUAUCACGGACAUAGAAGCAUAACAUGAUUUGUGAUUCCAACAUGACUUCCACGUUAUCUUACUUUACUUUGCAAGAUACACCUCAAAGUCCAAACGGAAAUGCAAGUAAUGUCAGUGUAAAACAUCUGUUUAUUCUUAAACAGCCAACAUAUAUGAUUGCUAUUUACUCAAUUGCGUACAGUGUCGUGUUUUUGUGUGCUCUUUUUGGAAACCUUAUGGUGGUAACAGUUGUGUUCAGAUACAGGGCCAUGCGGACUGUGACUAACUGCUUCAUUGUUAACCUAGCUGUAGCGGAUAUUCUUGUUGCAAUUUUUAAUCUUCCAAUCACUUUGUUGUCAAAUUUUUACUUAGGUUGGCCAUUUGGUCCUAUUUUGUGCAAAGUGACGCCAUACCUCCAAGGUGUGUCUGUAUGCGCGUCCGUUAAUACGCUUGCAGUCAUUGCAGUAGACAGAUAUUUUGCAAUCUGUUCACCGUUGAAAUACAAACUCGAUUCUACAAAACUGCGGAAAAUUAUAGUAGGUAUCUGGAUGACCUCGUGUACAAUUAUCAUUCCAUGGGCCGUGUUUUACAUUGAACAGGAAUAUAAAUACUCAGAUGGAAUCAUACUCAAUAUCUGCUACGAAAAAUGGCCAAGCGAGAUGGCAAGGAAUGGUUACUUUUUAGGUGUUAUUUUUUUGUGUUGUUACACUAUUCCCCUGCUAUUAAUAUGUAUAUGCUAUUUAGGAAUUUGCAUAAAGGUGUGGAAUAGGGAACAACUAGGAGCCAACAGAACAGUAAACAAUGUAAUUCAAAGAUCAAAAGUUAAAGUUGUCAAAAUGCUUGCUGUUGUAGUUUUCCUGUUUGCUUUCUCUUGGUUACCUUUAUACAUAGUUAAUAUGUUCAUUUCAUUUCAUGAUACCAAUAAUAACUUCCUGCACGAUACCAUCAUUCCAUUUGCUCAGUGGUUGGGGUCAUCUAAUUCCGGCAUGAAUCCGAUUAUUUACUGCUUUUUCAGCAGAAAAUUCAGGAACGGCUUCCGGAAACUUUUGUGUCCCGCAAGACAUGGCUCUAAUUCAUGCAAUUUCCGACGAAGUAAUACUCCAAAAGGUGACAUACUAUUGGAAUCUUCUGUAAACAAGCGUUCAUAUACAUUUGUUUAAAGACAUUUUUUCAUCAAUCUGUACAUCUGAAAAUUAAACGACGAUAAUGGAAGCAUCGGA